CAGCUGGAGACUAUUUGUCUUUCGCAAAAGGACAGGCGUAAUAUUUAGCGACCUAUGAUUGUCGAAAAGAUUUCAUUUUCGUGUAUUGGAUAUUCUAUGACUUCAUGUUCCCAACGCUGUUAUCUCCGCGGACGAGAAAUUUGAAUUGCCUACUUAUAGAAGUUGCUGCGUGAGAUGUCCUAGUAAAUCAUUAGAAGCAAUGAAGUCAAUUGGUGAUUCUGAAGAAAUUUCCUCGAAGAAUGAGCUCGCCCAAACACAAGUGGACGAGGUUGAGUAUGAUUCGCAUGAUGCACAUUCAUGGCCCCUGCGCCAAAGGUUAAUCAAUCUUGCUCUCUUCUCUGCAAUGGCAUUCCUGAAUCCCUUUGGAUCUAGCAUAUUUGUUACAAGCAUGAAUGACAUUGCCGUAACAUUUGGUUCCUCGGUUUCCUCACUUAAGCUUGGCGUGACAAUGUAUGUCAUUGGUAUGAUCAUUGGGCCUAUGGUGGCGUCUCCGUUAAGUGAACAAUAUGGAAGAAGGCCACUGUAUUUGAUCGGAUACACAGUCUUCACCCUCUUGCAAAUUCCAACUGCACUGGCAGUUAACUUGCCCAUGUUCUUAGUCUUUAGAUUUUUCUCAGGUACAUUUGGUUCUUUUUCUCAGGGCAUGGGAGGCGGUAGCAUAAACGAUAUGUUUACCAAAGUUGAAAGAGGAAAGUAUAUUGGCUACUACUUGUUGGGUGUUACAUGUGGACCAACCCUUGCACCUGUCAUCUCUGGAUUUAUAUCUUCAACUGGAAAAUGGAGAUGGGAUUUUUGGCUCUUGCUCAUUCUUUCAGCAGUUGUGACGGUAUUUUCAUUUCUGUUUCUCAAAGAGACUUAUAAACCUGUUUUGGAUCAAAAGAACAAAAAUGCGCCAUCGGCAAUUGAAAAUCCAGUCAAUGCAAAGGUCCCGAAAGAAGGGGAGGCUGAAAGAGAAACCAUAUUUCGCAUUCUAGUAGAUGCACUUGCUCGUCCACUUUUAAUUCUCAUAACAAGACCCAUUGCAAUUUGCAUGGCAUUAAUCCAGUCAAUGCUUUCAGGUGUCUUGUAUAUCUUUUUCACUGGAAUUCCCGAGAUUUGGGAGGGUGAAUAUCAUUUUUCUGUCCAAAUGGUGGGUCUUACUUAUUUAGGUCUGAUGGUAGGAAUGCUCUUUUCAUUGCUUGUUAUAUUGCCUUUCAACCAAAAGCUUUAUAUCUUCUUGGUCAAAAAACGCGGCGGUCAGGCAGUCCCGGAGCUUCGAAUUCCCAUGGGCAUUUUAGGGUGCCUUCUUUGCUCAACAUCCAUGUUUGUAUUCGGCUGGACCGUACAAUACAAAGUCUUUUGGUUCGUGCCCGUUCUGUUUUCGUCUUUCCUUGGCGCUGGAAUGAUUUUAGUCUUCACUACACUCAAUAUGUACAUUGUUGAUAUUUAUGGCAGAUACGCAGCUAGUGCAAUCGCUGGUACCAAUAUCCCAAAGAAUAUUUGCGGAGCUACGUUUCCAUUGUUUGCAGGGAAACUUUUUGACAAACUCAAUUAUGGUUGGGGUUUCUCACUUCUUGGAUUCUGUACUAUUGGUUUGUCUGGAACGCUUCCCUUUUUGUAUUUUUUUGGUGAACGACUCCGGCGCAUAGGAACGAAAAAGAAUUAAUACGGGACUAGUGACAGGAUUGGCAACCUUAGUUGAUUUUUGUGUUGCUGUGAUUGAAUUAUUUAUGAAUGUUAUUUAUAAAUUAAGACAUGACAUGACAUUUUAUAGAUACUCUGAGAGUAUCUUCAUAGAAUUUCAUGUAUUUAUAACUAUGGCGAGAGUUGCACGAAUCAAUUAAAGAAUCAUGUAGCAGCACUAGUUUUCUUUGCAAUUACUCGAUCACAUAAAAUAGCGUUUUACAAAGUAAAUUCUUACAAGCAAUGGAUCCUCUGUCGGAUGGUUUA